CACUGAUAGGUGGCACUGACUGGCAUCACUGCUGGGCACUGACUGGCGGCACUGCUAGGCAUUGACUGGCGCAACUGCUGGGCACUGACUGGUACAACCGCUGGGCACUGACUGGUGGCACUGACUGGCAGCACUGCUGGGCUGCACUGAUGGACACUGGUGGGUGGCACUGGUGGGUACAUGUGGGUGGCACUGGUGGACACAGGUGGGUGGCACUGCUGGGCACAGGUAGGUGGCACUGCUGGGCACAGGUAGGUGGCACUUCUGGGCACAGGUGUGUGGCACUGCUGGGGGGCACAGGUAGGUGCACUGCUGGGCACAGGUGGGCGGAACUGGUG